AUGGCGGAGAUGCCGUGGUUCAAGAGUGAAAGAACAGAAGAAAUUUUGGAUUUAGCCGGGGAAGCCACUGAGGGCAUUACGGAGAGACCCCAUGUCGAUAAAAAAGCAGAAAAGAGUGUGACAAGCCCACCGUACAUGCAGGUCCCUCUUGAGGAUGUCCAGGUUCGGUGUGGGGAAAUGGCCAAGUUCCAGGCCACGAUUGAAGGCCACCCUCAGCCGGUUAUCGGAUGGUUUAAGGGAAUUUCCUUGUUGCUGGACAGCGAAAGGAUCUGCCAGUCCAAGGAAGGCACCAGCUACUCUCUGAUCCUGUACAACGCUCAGGCCGAAGAUGGCGGGGUCUACACGUGCAUGGCUAAAAACGCCGGAGGGGAGGUGGUCUGCAAAGCGGAGCUGGUGAUCUAUGGAGAUUCUCAAUCACCCAGUCAAGAGGUGAAGAAGCGAAGCCCACGAAGAAAACUUCAUUCUUUCUAUGAGGUUAAACAGGAAAUAGGAAGGGGCUCCUUCAGCAUUCUCAAGAGAGUCAUCCAUAAAGCCAACCGUGUGGCUUGUGCAGCCAAAUUCAUCCCGCUGCGAAGUCGAACGAGGGAACGAGCUUACCGGGAGAGAGAUAUUCUAGUCCAGCUUUCCCACGACCGAAUCACUCAACUGCUGGACCAGUUUGAAACACGGAAAACCUUAAUUCUUGUUUUGGAACUAUGUUCCAAUGAAGAGCUUCUGGAUCGCCUCUACAAGAAGAACAUGGUGACGGAAGCAGAGGUCAAAUUCUAUAUCAAGCAACUUCUAGAAGGGAUCUUGUACCUUCACAGCAAUGAAAUACUACAUUUGGACAUCAAGCCCUCAAACAUUUUGAUGGUCCACCCCAACAGGGAUGACCUUAAGAUCUGCGAUUUUGGCUUCGCCCAAAGGAUAAAUCCGUCGGAGUCUCAGUACAGCACUUACGGAUCUCCAGAAUUUGUCCCACCAGAAGUUCUGUCCCGGUCCCCAGUAUCAACAGCCUCGGACAUCUGGCCGGUGGGCGUUAUUAGCUAUUUAAGCUUGACCUGCAAGUCUCCCUUUGCUGGGGAAAAUGACCGAGCAGCCCUGCUUAACGUCCAGAAUGGGAUCAUUUCGUGGAACAGCUCUGAUUGGGGUCAUUUGAGCAAAGAAGCAAAGGAUUUUAUCGAAAAGAUCCUUCAGCCAGCUCCUAGAACCAGGCCAAGUGUGAUGGAAUGCCUAUCUCAUCCCUGGUUUUCUCACAAGCCCCCGUCUGAAGAGGCUCAUUUUAUAGAGACAAAAUCACUCAGCUUUUUUGUAUCCCGAAGCAAAUGGCAGCGGUCUCUUAUGAGCUAUAAGUCAUUGCUUGUAAUGAGACCGAUCCCAGAAAUUUUGGAAAAGCAUCACAAGAACACUUCACUUGGCGUCUCCCGACAACUGGUUGAAGAGAGCAGUUCCUCCAGCACCAGUGGGUCAUCUUCGGACAACGAAAUUUUGGUCUCGUCUGGAAAAAAACCUUUCGGACCCAUUCCGGAAGUUCGUCUAUCUGUGCUGGAAGGAUCAAAUGAUCAGGAAGAUGAAGUAUUUGAAGAUGAAUUCAAACUUCCUGAAGACUCCAUGCCACCCAUCAAAACCAGAAGGUUGAAGGAACCUUCAGCGAAGGGACAGUUGGAUGGACAUCCUGUCCGAGAACGAGAAAUCUCAGAGAACGGUUUGAACUUGGUGAAGAAGCAGGACCGUUGGCGGAUCUAG